ACCGAUCGAUGCUGGUAAGUCGCUUCCGUUGACUUGAGCAGGAGAGCACAUUGAAAACAGUCCUUUCUGGUGUUUUUUUUCUACCUUUCAUCGAAUCGAAAGUUGAUCGUACAAAGCAGAAGUAAUUGCCAGCAAUUUAGGUGAGAAAUAUCUUUGAUGUAAUUAGCUACUUGCAUUAAAAAAUCCGCAUUCUUCCUGAUCAUAUCAAAACUAAAUGCUCAUGAAAUUCUUGAGUCUUUCACCUUCAAUUUGCAAUUACGAAAUUUCUGUUGCUUAAAAGCCGUUAAUUUUCUCUGUUUGGAUCAGUUUCUGGGCUUGCAAGUUACUGCAAUUGUACAAGUUUGAAGAAUCAUUCUGUAUCUUGAAAUUAAAUGCAUGGGUGACGUACGCACGUAAAGCACCAGAAAAGUGAAAGUUAUUUAAUCCAUGCAACCGAGUUCUUCAGCGCUUUGAAAUCUACUCGUCGCUACCUUACAGGUUGCAAUUAGGGGUAGAGUUUGUCCAUACACAGGUUACUUACUUAUUGGAAUACCUUUCAGAUCAUUCUUAUCAUUCAAUAUGUCGUGUAAAAAUGAGAAUAUUCUGCCGACCGAUUUUUAAACUGUGUAGUUAAAUGAAUUGAUCUUCAAGCUUAGUUUUAAAACCUUAAAUAAAUUUUUUUUAAUGCAGCUCUUGAUUCCUAUAUUUUCAAGGCUUUAGUAAAUAAACAUGUGAGGCAGUAUAUGCAGAUCUGUAAUGAGGGGUUGUCUAACACAAACACUAGCGACAUGAAAAUUGACCUAAAAAUACUAUGAUUGUGGUCAGGCAUAUCUUCUAUAAAGUAUUUGUGCCUUUUUUUUAUAGAGAAUACAUUUUUUUAAAGAGGCAUCAAGAAAUCAGGGCUUCAGGAACAACCUUAGUUGAUUUCCAUUUUGAAGUAUCAUCAGGCCUUUUAGACCUUCAAAGUCAAUUUCUUACAAGAAGGGAAUUUUUUUCAGGCAUCCUUCUAUGAAACAAACUGUGAGGUUCAGAGUCUGAGCAUUUGAUCUUGCAAAUAGCAUUUUUUGAAGCCUUAUUAAUUGUUUAUUCCAAGCUUCAUUUGACUACAACUGUCUUGCCUAUGAUUUACAGUAUGUGAAUUGAUCAGAGAUACCAAUUAUUAUUGAUGCUAAGUCAUCCUCCUGUAUGUCAGUGGCCUAUUCAAAGAAAAAAAAUCAUAGCAAUUUUCAAAAGUUUUAAUGAUGAUUACAGUUGCACAUGAACCCAUGCAUAAUCUGUGAUACCUUUUACAACAUUCUCCUGAAAGGCAAAGGUAGAUUUGAAAAAGUUAACUUUAUACAGGGACUGAGAUCAACACUCUGGUAGAAUCAUGCCUUUAUUUGGCUCAUCCAAAAAGAGUCCUGCAGAACUUGUAAAGAUUGCUAAUGAUGACUUACAAGUUAUCGAAAAUGAGUCCACUGGAAGCAGAAAAUAUGACAAGGUGAGUUGUCUUCUUAUGAUAUAAGAGGAUACAUGUACUUAUUGACUGGAAGAGAGCCAAAUAUUAUCUGACUCAGUCAUUACAAGAUAAUUUGGUUUUAUCAAUUGAGUUGAUAAAUUAACCUUUUAACUCCCAUGAGUGACCAAGACAGAAUUUCUCCUUACAAUAUCAAUACAAUAUCAACCAUAUGAGUGGUGAGAAUAAAGAAAAAUAUCAAUUUGGGGAUAAUUAGUUGAUCCAAUACUAAAUACUCUGAACUAACAUUAAAAGAAUCAUAUGGUUGACAGUAAGGAGAAUUAUAAUUUUGAUGUGGGAGUUAAAGGGUUAAAUGUAAAUUGGCCACCAUAAUUAAUUCCUAAAGCUGAUGUUUAGCAUUAUCCCUUCAUCAUGUGCUCUGACAAAGGAGUAAUGCUUGAAACAUUAACUUUAGAUACUCUUUACAGUGGCCAAUCUACAGUAUGAACUCAGUUGAUAACACCAAAUUGUCUUGAAAUACCCCUUGCUGAUGCAGCAGUACAGUUUCUUUAGAAAUUCCCUCCCCAUUGCCUUGGUCAUUAGGCAUGUUAUGAUAUAACAUAUAAACAACUUGGCUGCAAGAUAUUACUGGCAAACAACAUUACAGCCAUUCAUCAAGGUCAAGGAAAAGCAGAAAAGCACAAAUUAUGGGUUAUUGUAAUUAAAUUGUGUGAAUAUAUUGAUUUUAGGGAUCUUAUCUCUUAUGUGGUGAUCAAUAUAAAGCUUCAACAUUGGGUGGGCAAUCUGAACCUUGCCUGGCUGGUCUACAAGGUUUUUAAGGUCUAGGUUUUAGAGCUUGUUCAAUGUGUAUCAAGUCACAGUCACUGAUUUGCCUUUUACAAAUAAAUUGGGUGGGGUAUUUGAACAAAAUUUUUGCCCUGGGGUUGGGAAUUUAACAAACAGUAACAGCCAGUUUUGCUACUCAUUAAGUAUGCUACAUUCAAGUUUGCUUCAUGUUCACUACUUAUGUGCCGAAUUUGCUACUUUCUUCAUCCUAUCAUUCUAUCAUUCUACUUCCACGACCUUUUAGAACCAACAUCUUGUUUUAAAGAAAUCUGCCUUACUCAACCUGAAAUGGGCACCAUGUUUUUGCAUAUUAUCAUGGUGAUUAUCUACAAGAGAGAGAAAUGGCAGACCUAGAAAAACAACUGUUAAUGGCUAGCCCCUCUAACCUUUGGUCUGGAACAGAUAUCUUGAUGACUUCUUUUCACUGUGGGACAUUUUUACAAAAGAAGCAUACAGUUUUGUUGACUUUGCCAACAUGUACCACCCUAUAAUCAGGUUUACUUGAAUGUGAAACAUAACCUUGCUUAUCCUUGUUAUUUUUACUAAAGUGUCUAUGUUUAAUUGUUUAUGUCACCAAAUAAAAAUUGAAAUGUUAAUGAUUAUUUUCAGGCACUUGAAGAACUUGCUAAGACGUUAAGUGCUAUGAAGACAAUUUUGUAUGGGUCUGGAGGUAUUUUCAUUUUUCUUUCAAGUACAUCAUUACAGCUCAUUAUCUAGUCUCCAAAUUCUCUCAUGGCAAGCUUUUUUAGAAAGACUAUCAAGUUGAAUGUUUGUGCUCACCUACCUGUGCUCUCCUGUGCUACAGUUGUGUGGGAUUUCCCAAAAAAAAAAAAAGCAAACAAAUGCAAUUCUUGCCAAUGGUUCCUCAUAGGUUGGCAUUAGCCUUAAAAUAAGCCAGCAGUCUCUGUAAUCUUUGUCCGAGCUUGUUGUCUUAACUGCUGUCUACUUCCAUACUUUUUUUUCUGCUUUCUACUCGCAAAAAGAAGGAAAUACUUCUAAUAAAAGUAAUAGUAACAAAGAAAAUAUGGAAUCUUUUCUCAGACCAAGGUCCAGUGACUGAACAUGUGGCCCAGCUUGCGCAAGAGACAUACAAUUGUGGUCUCUUCAAGACCCUACUACAACACCUACACAAACUAGAUUUUGAGGUGAUGUAUUUUUUAUUUAUUAUUAUUAAAUUUUUUACUAAAUUUCCUGUUGUGUGUUAUCUACUUUAUGAGUUUCUGUGCUUGUAAUGUCAUGGUUUUUGAAUUGCUACAAAUGAAUUAAUGGGAAGAAUUUUUAAGAAAAAUGUUGUCUCCUUCAAGGCAAUUCCCUUCUCAGAAUACAGUGACAUGACUUCUUUUAUUAAAAAAGUGGUAGUUUUGUGAAUCAUAUCUAAUGGUGUAAUAUAUAAUGUGUUUGGAAAUUUAUUAAGGGUUGCAUGGAGCUUUAUCAUCAUUCUACAAUAACUUGAUUUUGCCCUUCUUCUUCUCUUUCUUUACACAAGAGCAUCUAGCAUGCAUUAUCAGCACCUACCAUCAAUGCAAGUGAAGAGUGGAACAGAGAGAUAUUGCAUUGCUCAUCCAUCUGUCAAUGACAUCAAUCAAUUUUUUAAAGCCUUUAAUCCUAAUAUAAGUGUGCAUAUUUUCCAUACUGUUCUCUAUGCAUUUGCCUCUUUAGUUGGUGAUCAACUCCUUUAUUUUCGUGGCUUUAAAGUUUGAUUCAGAGAUGAUAUUGCAAGGAUAAAUUAGCUACUAGUUACUCUCAGGGACCAAAAGGUUAAGGGCUUCCCUGAUUCUGAUGAUCGCAACAGGGAAUCAUACCAACUACUCUCUGAAUAAUUACUACUGACAAACUUAUUUUGGUAAACUUACCAGCCGAUGAGAUCAUGCCAAAAGCUAUAACACCAUUCCUCUUCUGCUUCUUAUCGAAUAAAUUUUUAGAGUACAUAAACUGAAACAAAAACAAAAAAUUCCCCCCAGCCUCUGAUGGUACAUUUGCUUAUGCCAUCAUUUAAUUGAAAACCCCUUUACAAGACUACCCUUAUGUGCUCUAUCAAUUGACUGCCAACAUAUUGUUAGAACUGUUUAUUUAUUGUGAUACUGUCUAGUAAUUAGCUUGCUUUCCAUUUAGAGCAAGAAAGAUGUGGCUCAAAUAUUUAACAGUGUUCUCAGAAGACAAAUUGGAACUCGAAGUCCAACUGUGGAGUACAUUAUUGACAAUAGAGAGAUACUUUUUCUCCUUAUCGGAGGGUAAGUUUGAGAUCAAAUGUUUAGUGAUCUCUUUAAUUAAUAAUUAAUUCUUACUUAUAAGUUAUGUUAAUGCCUGUCUGUUUUUCACCAUUCUGAUUUCACUAAUCUUGAUUUUUUUCUUUCUACUGUUUCAGUUAUAGAAGCCAGGAAGUGGCUUUAAACGAUGGGAUUAUGCUCAGGGAAUGCAUCAAAUAUGAGCCCUUAGCCAGAGCUGUGCUAGAUGAUCAAAGGUUCUAUAAGUUCUUUGAAUAUGUCGAAAUGUCAACAUUUGACAUUGCCUCUGAUGCAUUUUCAACAUUCAAGGUAUGUGUCAAAUUACAGUAAAUGGCUGUUAAUUGUUCUUUUUAAUUUAAUUAAUCUUAUGUCAUUUCUUGUAAGUUUGCCCCUUUUGUUGCUUCAUAUCAAAGCUCAGGAAAGGGUGUAGAAAGAUAAGUCAAAAUAUGUUUAAUACUGCAGUCUCUCUGUGAUGACUACUUGAACCUCUCACUCCCAAGAUCUACUUAACAAUUCUCCUUACUGUCUGCCAUGUAAUUCUCUUAAUGUUAGUUUGGAGAAUCUGGAUCUCCUCAUAAUCCCAUAUUUAAUAUUUCUUUAGUCUCGUCACUUUUCUACUUAAUAAUGUAUUUGUAUUGUAAGGAGAAUUCUGUCUUGGCCCCUCAUGGGAAUUAAGUGUCAAAUGAAAAUUAUGAUAAUUUGUUCCUUAAUUUCUCUCUCUCUCUCUUGUCACAUCUGUAGGAUCUCCUUACUAGGCACAAGAUUGCAUGUGCAGAGUUUCUAGAAAGAAAUUACGAAAGGGUAACAAGAAUUCAUGUAUAUUGCUCUGUUUUAUUUCAAUUUUUCAUUUCUUUCAUUUUUCGUACAGUACCAUUCUUACAAAGCUUACAUUAACAAUAUUUUCAUGUGCACCUACUUCUUUACUUAACUAACAGUGCAGUACAUACUUAUAAAGUAUUCAAUACAUACCUUAUUAAACUAUGUAGAAGAAACUGUGAUACAUUACAUUUCAGUCUGUGGUUUGCAUUUGCAUGCAAAUGAAGACCAGGACUUGCUUUUACUUCUGAUGUCAUGCAAACUCUUUUUUUAAAGUUAUUUUUAGGCAUAGUUUUUACUAUAGAAGUAAUUAAUGGCGGGGAUUUGAUUUGUAAGUUUUGUGGUGUUAGCUAGGAGUUUGUCUAAUUGUCUUUUGCUGUUUGAUGCUUUUUGUGUGCUUUUCUAUACAUUUUUUAUGUGAUUGUUGUGCCUGUCAGUCCAAUAAAUUUGCCAUUUGUUUUUUCUUUCCCAAAGUUUUUUGAACAUUAUUCCAAGUUACUGAACUCGGAUAAUUAUGUAACAAAAAGACAGUCACUAAAGGUAACUAAGUAGAUUUCAGUUCAUUUUAGCUGAGUUUUUAACAUUUAUUUUUAGUAUAGAUGUAUGCAGCUCUAAUAAUUAUGUAAUGUUUACUGCAGCUAUAAUUUUGACUUAAACUCUGUUAGAUUGUUUUUGUUUUAUCCAAUUUCAAAUAUUACCAGAUAUAAAGUUUGACUUCACUUGACAAAUACCAUGUAUUGGGGUAGUAAGUUUAUUGAUAGAUAUUACUUUGAGUAACUUAUUAUUCUGCUCUUGUAACUGAGAGACUCACAAACCCAUUCAGGCCUUGCUUUGGUUGUGACAAGUUAGUUAUGGACUGACCUGCUGCUAGUAGGCCCAGGACAUGCAUGAAACCAAAAAAUAAUGCUGAGUACUUAAUGCUGUUGCUUUUGGUUUAAUUUUCCUUAGAAACACAAAGACAUUCUAUAGAUAUUUCUCAGUGAAAAAAGUCAAGAAAACAAAUAAUUAUAUUUCCUAUGGUCACAGUUUUCUGACCGUUUUACAGUAACAACAUUUGCAGUUAGCAGAAUUUUUUUCCAUACAAUAGCUUCUUGGUGAGCUGUUAUUGGAUCGGCAUAACUUUACUGUGAUGACAAAGUACAUAAGUAAUCCUGAGAAUCUGAAGCUGAUGAUGAACAUGCUGAGAGACAAGAGCAGAAACAUUCAGUUUGAAGCAUUUCAUGUAUUCAAGGUAAGGUCUGAUCUUGUUUGGGUUGUUACUCCAUAGCAGCUUCCCUCUUGGCAGAGCUGUUACUUAGAGAGGAUAGCCAGCCAAAAUUGCAGUUAAUCUGUCAUCUUUCGAUGGCUUCUCUCGGCAUUGUUGCUCUAAGUGCCGAUGAAAAAUGUACAUUGAUUAAUAUACCAUCAUAGAAAUUUACAUAGCAGCCAUUUCCCUAUUCUGGGUGGAAUUGGAUCGGCAUAAUUUGUCAGCAACAGAUUCAGUUGUGUAGGCUGAGUUUCCAUACUCACUUGUAUGCCUGGGACAGAACAGUUAACAACACUAUUGAAUGGUUCCCACUCUUGUGUUUGAUCUGACGAAAGUAAUCAGCAACCACAAUAAUCUGGAAACCUUAUUUGCCUUCUAUUUUCAAACCUAUCGACAACCUUGUUGUGUGAGUCGCAUAUUUUGCCAAGAAUUCAUCACAAUGAACCUGACUAGGUUUAACCCUUUAACGAUCACCAACUCAAGAAACUCUUGAUUGUUAGAUAAAUUCUCCUUGUCAGCACCUUAGUAAAUGUACAGAGAGCAGUAUGGAGAAUAUGAAUACUGAUGUUAGGGUGGAAAGGGUUAAAAACACAAACUUCUCCAUCAAGCCCAGCGCAUCAACCAUUAAACUGUACAGUCAGCUUUUCUUGUUUUGUUUUGGUUUUUUUUUUCAUUGUUUGUUUCUGUUUUUUUGGCUUUAGAUGACUGUGUUUUUUGUAUUAAAUGACUAAGGAGUAUUUUUUCAAUUCCAUAGAUUUCAGUUGUUAUGGUAUUCUUUCUACAGGUAUUUGUUGCAAAUCCUAAUAAAACCCCGCCAAUCCAGGAAAUUCUUGUUAAGAACAAAGACAAACUUGUCGAGUUCCUAACUAGUUUUCACAAUGACAGAACAGGUAAUGUGGUAAUUAGCUGUCAUGGGAUCAUGAAAUGUUGAAAAUCUUACUGAUUAGUCAGAAAGUCUAGUUUCCUUGACUCAUUUGCAACUCAGAAUCUUGAACCUUGAAUUCAGCAUUGAUUUUUUAAAUGAGGAUCUCGUUGUAAAGAUAAAUUGUAAUGAAAAAUUGUAGAGGCUUUAGUACUUUGGCAGGUUUUUUUUACUGUAAAAAUGCCUUUUAUCUUGAAAUGACCUGAUAGAUUUAAGACCUUAGAUCGUUUCUCUAUGCAUUUCUUGAUGGAGUUUUGAUUUUUGUUUCUUGCAGAGGAUGAGCAGUUCAAUGAUGAAAAAAUCUAUCUAAUCAAACAGAUCAAGGAACUGUAAUCACCCCAGUGUGGAAAUUAGUGUAAAUCUUAUUUUGUAUCCAAUAUCAAGUAUGUUUUUAACACCAGCGAUCUUCACGAUGUCUAGAAUGAAACAGCUACAGUACAUCAUUCAGCUCUUGACAAAACCGUUAGGAGUGUAGACCAGGGAAACAGUGCUUAUUUUGGGGGGAUAUGUAUCAUGCUUAGAAAUAAUUGAUCUGAGAAUAUUUCUAGGGGAGCGGAAAGUUCUUUGAGACAAACAAGUAAGAAAGAAAGUUGUCAUUAAUGAGUGGAGCCCAGUUAUGUUAUGAGCUCGAGAUUUCUAUCGCGUGAUGGCUGUUGAGGACGAAGCAAGAAUAAAUGAUCACGCAUACAAAGCGAGAGAAAAUGAUAUAAUUGUUUGAGCAUAAAUCUUCAAGUUAUUCAAAACUAAACAACAGGACAGGCUCAUGUUUUAUUUGAUUUUGUUUACAACCAUACACUGCGAGGCUACUCACUUUUCCAACUGUUUAAAUAUAAACGGAAUAAUGAGCGAGUAGCAUAGCAAAUCAGAUUUUUGUUUUCCUGAUGGAACGCUAGUAGAUUUAUACCAAUAUACAGUAUACAGUAUGGCGCUUUUCUUUGUAACUUAAAAAAAAAUUAAUUUUCAAUUCUCGCGUUUAGUUGCUAGACAUCUCCUGCUGCUUCAGUUAAGACAGUUUGGUGUUUUAUGAAAAUGACACCCAUUAAGUGAUACGGUUUGUUAUUCUCACACAUAUUUAGAGGAUAACGUAUUAAUAUUGUGAGGAAAAGUUAUAUGUCAAUAAUCUCUGAGAGUUGAAGGAUACAACAAGAGAGAGUGAAGCUUAGAGACUGAAUUCCUCAUUUCAAAUGUGAACACUUCCAUGUGUUGUUAUUUGUAGGUUACUCCUGUUUUCGGAGAUCCCUCGGGGAUUUAUUUGUCGCGGUUUCUUGAGGCCCCCUACUUGUUCUCCACCAAAACGAUUAAGUGACACGCGAGGUGCUUGUAUUUCCUGCAGUUCUUUCUCUGAGCUUGAUCCUCUCGUCGUUCCACAAAUUACCUGUAUUCAUACAUUGUAUGAAGGGUGUCUUUCAGAUCUUAAUUCUUAAACUUGUGUUGGCACUCUAGGUAGAGGUAAAAGUGUUUCACUAUCUUCCUCUUGUAAAUCGCAGAGAGUUAUUUCAUGAGUAAAUGUAUGGUUCAAAGGGGUAGAUCCUAGCUCGUCUUUUCUUUAGAACACAGUUCUACAGCUAUUAACAGUUAUUGUAGGAGGUGCUGAGAUCGUUUAGACAUUUACUAGUCUGUUCUUUAUCUCUUCACACCAGCUGAGACCGUGCUCUUGCCUUGGUCUAAGAUAAUCAAAUUUGGAAUCUGUGACUAUUUUCAACGCGAUGCUGAUAUCGCGUUUGUUAAUUUGGCUUUGACUGAGCUGUAAACCUUGAUCAGUUUUAGUUCGAGGAGCUACAUCGUGGCCAAUACAGUUUAAAAAAUGUGCCAAAUUUUCAAGUUUGCCUCUUUCAAUCUAUGUCAAUCUUCUCUUUUGAGUUAUUCGGCGUUUUUGGUGUUUAUUAAUGGAAAUGGAGUAUUAAAGGUUCCUUCUAACUAAGAUUGUGCUUAAAUAGAUGAAAAAAGGCACGAUUUAUGUACACACAUUAUUACACCGGAACAGUGUUCUCUUUUUGUGUAGAUAGUUGUCCACUGAUAAUAGAUUGAUCCAGGCGAGGGUUUUGCGUUGAAAUUUCUUGAUUUUUUAGAAAAGAAAUAUAGAAUGAAAUUAUCCUGAUAUUUAAAGACUGUUUAAUAGCGGUAAUUUGCCCAUAAGGGUGACGAGUUAGUAAUGAGAUGCAUAAUCACCCCUGCGCUUUACACAUUAAGGAAUCUUCGGCUACUUUAACCGUACUGCAUGUAGCCCUUAUUUGGGCGACAAACGCACCCCAAGUAACUGCAAAGGAGGUAAAUUAACCUCGUUUUUAACUCUUUAAUCCCUAAUAGUGAUUAGCAUCCAGUCUCUCCUUACAAUAUUAUCCCAAAUUCCAACAUUAAGGUCAUGAGAAUGAAGGAAAUGAUCAGCAAGUGAAAAAGCCCUUGGUUGUUAAGCACAUUCUCCCUGUUUCGUCCUUAGGAGCGUGUUUAGCGUCUUGACCCUCCU